UUUUUAGAAUGCAUCUCGCAUCUGUGAGACCGCGUAAUGUCCACUUGGAAGAGGAGAAUUUGGCAGCUCAAGGCAAGAAGCAAGUCGUAAAUACUCCUCGACGUGCUUUUGGUGAUAUGAAGAAUACUGGUACUCCUGGAAGAAAUCUACUGAAACUUGCUGCAAGUGCCCAAAAGCAUACUCUGCAGAUUGCUGAUGCAAAUAGGGACCGCUCUGCUUCACUAGGCCGCAGUACUCACAAAUACUCACAAUCUCAUCCCAUAGCCGCUCUGAAUUUUAAUGUGAGCGAGGAUGAUGAACCGAUAGAGGGUUGCAACUUGGAGGAAGACAACUGCUUUACUGAGAAAUUUGAGCAGCAGGACAGUAUAGUGCUUGUGGAUCGCGACACUGAACAAGAGGAGGAGUAUUUGCAAAAGCUGAUGUCGACGAGUAAACUGUCCGACAUAAAUGAGGAAAACGAAGAGAUCGAGUUUUUUGGUCCGGAAGAUGAUCCAGACGAUUAUAGCUAUCUCUUUAAUAACGCUGAGACCAAUACUGUACUGGAACCGGAGUCGAAAUUCUACUACGAGGUGCCGGAAGACGAGCAUACGGGGAUGGCGAGAUAUACGUUAGACGAAAUGGAGGAGUUAUUUGCGAGUUUCAAUGAUGUUCUCAUUAUUUGAUUGACUUUUUUUCCACUUUCCUUUUUAUUGAUCUUUGAAUCUCUGGAAAUAUCAGGAAGUAUGCAAUUGUGCUGGAAGGCAUCUUCCUGCAAUUGCUGAACUAGUUUGAAUUUUUGUAUACGAUUAUUGAUCCCAUGCAUAAGCUUCCAUUAUUCUGCCUUAUAUAGGCCCUCUCAUGGCGCUGAUUUCAAAUAUGGAACCUGAAAAGCGUUAGUCUCUUAUACCUGCACAAAUUUUGCGUAGAAAGUUUGAACCACUCAUCUUUCGAGGAUGUCUGUUUUACUGAUCUUUGCUGGGUGGGAUCUCAUUCGCAAUAUUACACUGUAAAUACCACAUUUUAUUGAUCUUAUUGAAGAGUAUUGUGAUGCUAUUUAUUGUUUAUUGUCAUUUCAUACAUAAAUCUCUUCCGUAC